AUGAGCUUCACCACAGCCCCAGACAGGCUUGUGCCACACUUAGAUCCUGUCGGAGAUAUGGGCACUUUUACCUUCGCUGUCUACCAAAUGCCUCCUGGCAAAGAGUACAUGGCUGAAGGGACAACUUGUAGUUGGACCGAUUGGAUCAAGACUUGGAGCGACAUAACUGGCGCGCUUGCGUCUUAUCGACAAAUCACUCCUGAUGAAAUGAUUGAAAUGACUCCCGAUCGAGACUGUGGCAUCGAGGUAGCGUACAUGUUUUCCUAUAGUACGGACCCAGGAUACGAUGGAGGUAGAACUCUUCUCACUGCGGCGGACAUUCGCAAGGCAAGUUCACCUGUACGCUUAAAAUCAGAAUGGCUCACUCUAACAUAA